AUGGCGAGCUCGUCCGGCAGCGGGUCGUUGAAACGGCCACACCAACUCGAAGAUGAGACUUCCCAGAAGCGGCCGCGUUCGAAUAAUGGAUCCCCUGCGCCGUCCAGUGCUCCCCCCAAGGUCGACAUCCAAAAGGCGAUUGCGGAAGCCAGAGCGAAAGCAGAAGCGGUUCGCGCAAGACUCAACGCUCAGAGAGAAGGAAUAGCCCCGAAGCCUCCGGCAGGCUCGCAAACUCCCCAAUCAUCGAGCACCUCGCCGGCACUCUCAAGACUCGAACAGAUGAAGGCGAGAGUUGCGGCAGCUACUGGGAAAAUAAAUGCUUCCGUCUCGCAGGUAGCCCAGCAAGCUCCGAGUUAUGCUCCUCCGGUCAACGAUGAUAGCCUGCUAAAGGCAAGGGGUGGCCUGGAUGUUGGCUUACAUCCUGCACUCCUGGGGGAUAUUGGACAAGACAGCCGAGCUACCAAAGGGAAACAGGUGAUGCAGCCUAAAUUUGCAACUACCAUGGCGAACUUUCGAUCGGAGUCUUCUACGCCAUCAACCCAGGGGAAGACACCUCUAGAUCUGUCUGGGCCGUCGAUAGAAGAAACUAGGAGCAACCCAUAUUUCGAUCCUACUUUCGGUUCCAAAUCUGUAUCCGCACGGCCUCGUCACACCCGCCAAUUGAUUUUCAACCAAAAAGGCAAAUACAUCCAGCAAGCCGCGGCUCUCAGAAGGCAGGCCCAGCUGGAGGAUAUGAAAAAACGGAUAGCAGCGCGAGCACGGCAGGCAGGUAUAGAUGAAGACCUCGAUGUUGAGAAGUCAUAUCUUGUAGCGGCACCUCCGGCUAUCGAGUGGUGGGAUGAGGGCCUAGUAAAUGCAACGGAUUAUUCUGCUAUUGAGGACCCGAGCAACUUGAAGGUUGACACGCCUGAUUCGGUUAUUACGAUAUAUAUUCAACACCCGGUGCUCCUUGAGCCACCACAAGAUAAGAAUAUCCCCGCGCCAAAACCUAUGUACCUUACCCCCAAAGAACAGGCGAAGAUCCGUCGACAACGACGUAUGGCGGACCUCAAAGAGCAGCAAGCAAAAAUCCGUCUUGGCUUGGAACCUGUUCCUGCUCCCAAGGUUAAAAAGUCCAACCUCAUGCGUGUCCUCGGUGAAGAUGCAGUCAAGGAUCCUACAGCCGUGGAAGCUAGAGUGAACCGUGAAAUCGCCGAACGUGCGCAGAAACACCAGGAAGCCAACGAAGCUCGAAAGCUCACCAAAGAACAACGACAUGAGAAGCUAGCCUCAAAACAGGAAUUAGACGCUUCCAAAGGUGUAUGCGUAUCUGUUUAUCGUAUUGACAGCCUAGCAAACGGCCGACACCGGUUUAAAAUCGGCAAGAAUGCAGAACAGAACGCCCUCACUGGAAUUUGCAUCAUGCAUCCCAAGAUCAAUAUUGUGAUUGUGGAAGGAGGUGCUCGUUCCAUCAACGCUUAUAAAAAACUCAUGCUAAACCGUAUUGACUGGACCGAAAAUUCUGGUAUCAAUGCUGUGAGGGAAGGCAAUCGCGAGGCCCUGACCUCUUGGUUAGCCGCGGAGGAUGAAAAGGGGGAGCUUAAAGACCUGAGCCUCAAUACUUGUACUUUAGUUUGGGAGGGAGAGGAGAAGAAUAGGGCAUUUAGGAAGUGGGUUGGUGCAAGGGUGUGUGAGACUGAUGGGGCAGCAAAAGAUCAGCUGGCAAGGGCUAAGAUGGAGAAUUUUUGGGCUUUGGCAAAGAGUAUAAAACCUGGAGCUGCGUGGCCUUGUAUAUAG